AUGUGCCACGCAGUAGUGCUCGGAGUUCUGUUCUCGUUGCCGUCGUACCUGUACUCGGCCGUCCCCUUCAGGAAGGCGCGCCGCAAGGAGCGCGAGGGCGAGGCUACCGGCGACCCCAAGUUGUACCUGCAGGAGGCGCUCCUGGAACGCAAGCUUCCCGAGCUCGACAUGCGCCAGCUCGUCGACCUGCCCGACGGACUCGACUAUAACGAGUGGCUCGCCUCACACACGCUGGCGCUAUUUGACCACGUGAACCUGCUGUACGGCACGGUGUCCGAGUUCUGCACGGCGGCGUCGUGUCCGGACAUGACGGGCCCCGGGGGGCGCACCUACGCCUGGUACGACGACAGAGGCAAGAAGUCCCGCGUCGCCGCGCCACAAUACGUCGACUAUGUUAUGACAUUCACGCAAAAAACUGUCAGUGAUGAAACAGUUUUUCCCACAAAAUAUGCGAACGAGUUCCCUGCACAGUUCGAGGUGGUGGUGCGGCGCGUGGUGCGGCUGCUGUUCCACGUGGUGGCGCACAUGUACGCGGCGCACUUCCGCCAGCUCGCGCUGCUCCGCCUGCACGCGCACCUGCACCUCACGUUCGCGCACCUCACCGCGCUCGACACGCGCUUCUCGCUGCUCGACCACAAGGAGACCGAGGUGCUGCGGGACCUAGAAGUGGCGUUGCGCCUUACGGAGAGCGCUGGUGGGGCGGGGCCAGGUGCGGGGGCGGCGGGCGCGGGGGGCGAGGCGGGCGACGAGGCGUCGCCGCGACGGCGCUCGCCCGUGGUGACGCAGCCGCUGGCCACGGCGUGA